GAAUAGUUCUCUAUUAGUACUAUUGCACAUAGCGGUGUGUUUUGAGUUUUUUUUUACCAGAUCAUUCAUUUUUGCUAAAAAUUGGAACUAUAUUCAAGAUUUGAGAAAUUAAACCAUGGGUCUUUUCUGUUUUGUGAUAAUUUUUUGUGUUAUUUGAUUUCUGGUAGGGUUAUGCUUGUUGGACGGGUGGAAACAAUGGUUCAGCCUUGACUGGAGGUGUUAUUGCUAACAGAGAAGGAAUUUCAUGGGCUACCAAGGAUGUGCAGCAAGCCAAUUACUUUGGUUCUCUUACACAGGCCUCUACUAUUCGAGUUGGGUCCUUCAAUGGACAGGAGAUCUAUACUUCCUUUAAGAGCAUACUUCCCAUGGUUAAUCCAUCCAGAUGAUGUAGUGUUUGGAGAAUGGGACAUCAGCAACAUGAAUUUGGCAGAUGACAUGGCAAGAGCUAAUGUUUUUGACGUUGAUCUUCAAAAGCAACUGAGGCCCUACAUGGAAUCCAUGGUCCCAUUCCCUGGUAUCUAUGACCCUGAUUUCAUUGCUGUAAACCAUUCCCUGGUAUCUAUGACCCUGAUUUCAUUGCUGCAAACCAAGGCUCACGUGCUAACAUUGUCAUCAAAGGAACCAAGAAAGAUCAAGUUGAUCAAAUUAUUAAGUAUAUUAGGGUAUAUUAGGGAGUUUAAGGAGAACAACAAAGUCGACAAGGUGGUGGUCCUGUGGACUGCCAACACCAAAAGAUACAGCAGUGUGGUUGUUGGCUUUAAUGAUACCAUGGAAAACCUCUUUGCUUCUGUGGAUAGAAAUGAGGCCGAAAUAUCUCCUUCCACCUUGUAUGCUAUUGCUGGUAUUCUUGAAAAUGUACCCUUCAUCAAUGGAAGCCCACAAAAUACUUUUGUCCCAGGCCUCAUUGAUUUGGCCAUCAAGAGGAACACUUAGAUUGGUGGUGAUAACUUUAAGAGUGGUCAAACCAAGAUGAAGUCAGUGGUGGUUGAUUUCCUUUUUGGAGCUGGAAUUAAGGUAUGGUAUUAAGGACUAAAGAGACAACUAAUAAAUAUGGCUUAUGCUGCCAUAACAUCUUUCAUGAUAACACUUGAGGAGAUGACAAAGAACUAAUAAUGGAAGUGCUCCAUGGAAAACUUGAUUCUUUGAGAACACUUGUUGAAGAAACUUGAUUCAUGUAAAGGUAUCAAUGAAUGAAAGCUUUGAAAUGGCUGCAGAGAAAUGCUUGAAAGAUCUCAUUGCUAGAAGCUUAGUUUUUGUCCAUACAUACACUUCCCGUGGAAAAAUCAAGAGCAGUAGAAUUCAUGAUAUGGUCUAUGGAUUUUUCUGAGAAGAAGCUCAAACUACAAACUUCUUGAACAUUAUCACAGAGAGCAAUGUUCAGUACUAUCAAGGUUCACAGUCCUUCUUCCUUUUCCCUAGCUUCACAUCGACGGCGAAUCAAAUCUAGCUGGACGGAUUAUCAAUCAGUCAUUGAUGACGCUACAGGUUAUAAAGUGCAUUCUAUUAGUAGUAGUAUUUCCUAUGACAAAAGGCUUAACUUUUCAUGUUUUAAGCUACUAAGGGUAUUGGAUACAAUUUCACUGCGACAAUUAUGUUAUAAGCCAAAUGGUAUAGAGGGCUUAUUUUGCUUGAGA